UCCCAUCUUUAUCGGACUUGCGGGAGAAUGGAAUGCCGAAAAUGAUAUCAAUGGCUACUACUGGUACAACUAUGCUAACAAGUAUAAAGCCAUGUUGGUCGUUUUGGAACAUCGCUUCUACGGACAAAGUUUCCCGGUGAACAAUCCCGCUGUUUCGGAUUCAUGGUUGAUGACGAGUCAAUUGGCUUUGGCCGAUGCUGCCCACUUCAUCGACACGUACACUCAACAAAACAAUUUACAGUUACGGCGGAAACUUGGCCGCUUGGAUGAAACUCAAGUAUCCCAACCACGUAAAAACCGCGGUCUCUUCAUCCGGCCCGGUCGAAGCGAUUUAUGACUUUCCCGGAUAUACACGAACCGUUUCGGAAGUAAUUCAACAAACGGAUGCCAAGUGUUAUGACUACCUCUACAAUACUUUCGGCUGUAUGGAAGCCUUUGUUAAUGGCAACAGGAGGAGCUGCGGGCCUUACAGGACAUUCAAGGAUCUUAAGGCUGCGUUGAGAUUUUGUCUCGACGUCGACCCCAACGGAAACACGCUCACCCGCCAAGCAAUGUUUCUCUAUCUCGCUUACGAGCCCUGGGCCGCGAACGCGGGCGGAUCCAAGGCUUCUUCUUCCUGUCAAAAACUCCGCGAAUCCAGCGGCACGGAUCGCAUCCAAUUUUACGGAAACUUUAUGCAGUCCUCCGGCCUUAAUGGGGGAACUCUGGAAGAUCAGGGCGCCUUUCUUAAAACUCCGGAAGCAUGGCAAACCGGUGCGGCCGGCUGGGCGUGGCAAACUUGCAAUGAAUUCGGAUAUUUCAUGUCGUCCGACCCGGUUCUGGGAACUUUCGGAAGAAAUACGUUCUCCAGUGAUGUGUACGGAUCCAAAUGCCAGAGACAAUUUGGGGACAACUACACCCGGGAAUACGUCGAGGGGCAAGUUGCGAACACGAAUGCGUACUACGGCGGGAAGAAUAUCCAGUCGAAAUGCGUAAUUUUCGUGCAUGGAACUUGGGACCCGUGGCAUUCGCAAGGAGUCACCAUGCCCACGGGAUACAACACUGUGGUCGUCGUGCCGGCUAAAUUUGCACGUGUUUACAGGGCACCGCAUACAUAAAUCGGGCCACCUCACCAAUACUUUGUAACAUUGCAAAAUCUGUAAAGCCCUUAAACUUUUUCAAAAUACUGAAAAUAUUAUUGAGAUAGAUUAGCAUAUAUUUUAUUCUUUUAUGGCUCUUUUUGUUUUACAAAGUCACAAAUGACUACGUGAAUUGACUCUUAUUUAUCCCAUUCCGAAUUUCCUUAUGUAUGUAUGUACAUUGAGACAAUUCACGUAGUCCUUUGUAAUGUAAAUACCUAUGUUUAACUUUAUAAUUCCAUAAAAUUGCCUUUAUAAUUCCAUAAAGUUUUGCAAAAUAUUACAAGAUUUUUCGAAGGAAAACCAGCCUAGAAAUUUGUGUAAACUUAUGUAAUAGAUCACCAGCGUGUAUGUAUUUUGUAGAAUUAUUUUACAAAACGCAGUAGAUUUUAGAAAGUUGCAAAUGACUGCGUUAGUUAUAUCGGCCUGAGUACUCGCGGUUUUCUGCCCUAAUUACGACAUACUUGUGUCCUUACAUUUAUUAAUUUAAUAUUAUAUAAAUUAGGAGCCGAGCACUGUGCCGACCUCGGAAAUCCGACCAGUUCGGCCAUGUCAACUGCCCAGGAAACGAUCAGCUUCCAACUUGGACAAUACUUGAACGAUCCUAACUGCUAAAUUAUUUAUGGUUCAUCUAUUAAAAAUGCGUCAUUUUUUCGAUGAAAUUAUUUGGUAAACGCUAUAAAUUUUGAGUUGAGCCGUUCUUGAAAUUGUUCAGAUAUUUUCAAAACUAAAAACGUUUUGAAAACUUUGACCCGUUGACACGCCCCACGCCCAUUAAUAUGAAAAUAAACAAAAUAUGUAACAGAUUUAUAAUAAAAUGACACAUUUUUAAUAGAUGAACCAUAAGCUCUAAACGAAUUAUGUGCAUAUGUAUUUAAAUUUAAAGAUCAGGAUAAAAAAUAAUAAUAAAUCGUGAUUGCCUGACACAUAAAUA